AUGAACGCGGACGCCCUCCCGCCUGCGGAAGAUCCCAACGCCCCGACGGAUGGCGCACCGCCAGGUUUAGGAGACGCGCCGCAGAUGCCGUCUGAUGCCGUGCCACCGACCACGAAAGCCAGCGGACGAACGCCGGCAGUGCGGAUCGUUGACCUCGAACUGUGGUACGGCAGCGGCGACAAACGGGUCGACAUCUUCGAGGGGGUCAACAUGACGGUGCCCCGCGGCGACAUCUACGCGCUCCUAGGUUCCUCCGGCUGCGGCAAGACGACGCUCCUGCGCUGCAUCAUGGGCCGUAAGCACUUCCAGAAGGGCGACAUCCGGGUCUUCGGCAUGGCGGCCGGCACCCCGGGCUCCAAGAUACCUGGCUCGAACGUGGGUUACAUGCCGCAGGAGCUGGCCUUGUACAACGCGUUCACCAUUGAAGAGACGCUGCAGUUCUUCGCCCGUCUCUACCUCAUGGACCCGCAGCAGUGCAAGGAGAGGGCCGACUUCCUCGUCGGCCUGCUCGACCUUCCCGACCCGAAGCGGCUCGUGUCGUACUUGAGCGGAGGUCAGAAGCGGCGCGUAUCGCUCGCCGUGUCGCUGAUACACAGCCCUCCGUUCCUCAUCCUGGACGAGCCGACUGUGGGCAUCGACCCCGUGCUGCGCAAGUCCAUCUGGAGCCACCUGAAGACACUGUCCGAGCGCGACAACAUGACCAUUAUGAUCACCACGCACUACAUUGACGAAGCUCGUCUGGCCGGAACUGUGGCCUUCCUGCGCGAGGGCACCAUACUGGCCGAGGAGUCACCCGAAAAGCUCAUGGAGCAGCACAACACGCGCAACCUGGAGGAGAUCUUCCUGCGACUCGCCAAGCAGGACAAGUCGUCCCUACCGCCGGCGCCCGAAAUGGUCACUGUCGAGGACUCGCAUACUGACCGACCGGCAACGCCGUUGUCGUUCAUGUCGUCCGCCCUAGAGCAGCGACCGAGGAUGAACAUGAAGGACUUCGGCCGGUCCAUGAAGAGGGUGGGCGCCAUGUUCAGUAAGAACGUGAUUAAGUUCCGGCGCAGCUUCGGCCUACUCGUGUAUAGCAUGUUGCUCCCUGCCAUCGAAGUGAGCAUGUUCUGUGCUGUGCUGGGCAAGGUGCCCACCGGACUGAGGAUAGCCGUCGUCAACGAGGAGGCUGCGUCGUCAGCUGACACCACUCCGCUCCUCGGCACUGCUUUCUUCGACGCCAUGGACAGCACAAUAUUACCGCAAAUAAACUACGACACCCUGAGCAGUGGCAUCGAAUCUGUGAAAUCGGGCAUGACGUACGGAGUGGUGCACGCCAAGGUCAACUUUACGACCAGCCUCAAGGCGCGCUUCAGCCCCACUGCGCAGCUGAGCGCAGCAUUUCUGGAUUUCGCCUCUUUGCACGCCCACCUAGACAUGUCCAGUGAGCACAUUUGCGAGCUUAUGAACUUGGUGGGCGAGCUGAGAGAAGAGCCCGUCAUCGGCAGCAGGGAACCAACCUUCACCGAAUUUGUCGCUCCCGGACUUAUCAUCACGUUUAUCUAUUUCAUAUCGGCAACGCUGUGCAUAAACACGCUGCUCGGCGAAAAAGGUGACGGUCUGCUCGAAAGGUGCAUCGUCGCCGGUGUGCGUCCUUACGAGAUCGUGCUGGCGCACGUGUGCUCCCUAUCUUUCGUGGUGGUCGCCCAGGACUUGCUCUUGCUCUUCGUCGGUUUCGUGGUGUUCGAGCUGCCCUCGAGGGGCCCGCUCUUUGGCGUAAUCAUCAUAGCCAUCAUGCAGGGCAUGUGCGGCAUGGCGCUCGGUCUGAUGUGCUCUGCAGUUCUGGAAACGGCUACAACAGCCGCCAUGGUAGUGGACGGCAUUAACUACCCAAUCAUGAUGAUCAGCGGCAUUCUCUGGCCUCUGGAAGGCAUUCCGAAGUUCAUACGCUACUUCAGCUACGCAAUGCCUCUGACGCUUCCUGCUGAUGCGUUGCGCAGCGUCAUGUCCAAAGGGUGGGGGCUCACGCACCCCAACGUCCUCUCGGGCCUGCUCGUGAACACCGGGUGGACGAUAAUCUUCAUCGUCAGCUGUAUGCUGCUUUUCCGCCAGUAG